GUGAGUUGGUCGAGCGAACAACCAAACCGAACCGAACCGAACUGAACUGAACUGAGCCGUCAAGAACGAGGCAGGAAGCGAACAGAGAAGCCACCUCGAUUCAGGAGCAAAAGACGAGGAUUACAGACACUGAGAUACACGACGCGCGGGUGUAAAGUUACAAGAAAUCCAUUAUAAAUAUCAAGUGUGAUUCAGAAAAAAAAAAAAGAAUACAAAUUAUUCGAGUGACAUUUGCCACAAAUCAAUCGAUCGAUCGACUCGAUCAGAUUCGAUUUGAAACCUGAUUUGUUGUGUUUGUGUUUGUGUGUAAUUUCGAUGAUGCUGAGCCAUGGGUUCUGAGCGUGCCAGCAAGCUACUAGAGCUGGAGCGAGAACACUGAUUCGAAUUCAAUUACAAAUUUUCAUUGAGUGUCAAUUACAACCACAAGACAGACACAGAAAACAUCACAUACGCACGAAUCUCGAUCGAUCGAUUCUAGCCAGUCAGCUAGCCUGUUAGCCUGUUAGCCAUAGAGCCAUAAAUCAUGCCUUCGACAUUGAUGUUGCUGCCGUGCAGCGUGUUACUGCUGGUGCUGGUGCUGCCUCUGACGACCACUGUCGGCGGCACGCGACUGCCCCUCGAGGUGUUCGAGAUCACGCCGACCAGCACGGCGGAGAAGCACAAGACCCUGGAGUACACCGUCAUCGAUGCCAAAGAUGUUGCAGCAGCCGGUGCAGCGACAGGAGGAGCCACUGUUGCAUCAACCUCCAGCAGCAGUAGUAGCAGUAGCAGUAGUACAGUGAAACCCACGCCGGAGCAACUGACUGUGGUCAGCAUCUCUACGGCGGAUCAGGAACAGGAGCUACUGGCCGAGUCGCGACGACGUGCUCGCCAAAUGUUGCAGAAACAGCAGCAACAUCGCAGCAGCAACAAGCACGGACGCGGCGACAAGGAUGUGCGCAUCCUCUACCAAGUGGGGGAUUCAGAGGAGGACCUGCCCAUCUGCGCCCCAAAUGCCGUUUGCUCCAAGAUCGACUUGUACGAGACUCCCUGGAUUGAGCGCCAGUGCCGAUGCCCCGAGUCGAACCGCAUGCCCAACAACGUGAUCAUCCAUCAUCACAGCCAUUCUUUGGGAUCUGGAGACUCCCCGAAGUACAGGAACUACUUCGAGAGGGAGAAACUGCUGCAGCACAAGCGACUGCUGUUCGGCGAGUUCCAAGACAAGAAAUUCGAGAGCCUGCACCUCAAGAAGCUGAUGCAGAAGCUGGGCGCUGUCUACGAGGACGACCUGGAGGAUCAUCUGGAUCAGUCGCCGGACUACAACGACGCCGUGCCCUACGCGGAGGUGGAAAACAACGAGUUCCCUAGAGGAGGAUCGACCCACAUGCGCCACUCCGGGCAUCGAGGCCUCAAAGAGUCCGCCGCGAGCUUCAUCGGUGGCUGCCCCAGCAGCUUGGGUGUGGAGGAUGGACACACCAUAGCGGACAAGACCAGGCACUACAAGCUGUGCCAGCCAGUUCACAAGCUUCCAGUUUGCAAACACUUCCGCGACUAUACCUGGACCUUGACCACGGCAGCCGAGUCGAAUGUCACCGAGCAGGUUGUCCACUGCCGGUGUCCAAGGAACUCGGUCACCUAUCUGACCAAGAGGGAGGCCAUCGGGGACGGCAGUCAGGGCUUCAGAUACCUCUUUGCCUGCUCUCCAGUGACGCGCCUUCGCUGUCAGCGCAAGCAGCCUUGCAAAUUGUUUACGGUCCGCAAGCGCCAGGAGUUCCUGGACGAGGUCAACAUCAAUGCACUGUGCCAGUGCCCCAAAGGACAUCGCUGUCCCAGCCACCAUACGCAGUCCGGAGUGCUGGCCGGCGAGAGCUUCCUGGAGGACAACAUACAGACGUACUCCGGCUACUGCAUGGCCAACGAUUGAGGAGGAGGAGUCCUUUGGCAGGGAAACUCUAUUGGAUCAUUCCACACCAACACACCCAUUGUAAAGGAGGAAAGCGGGGAGCAGCUACUAUAUAGAUAUAUCGACUGAGCCAAUUGAGUCUCGCCAAGUUAACAAUUUAAACAAAAAAAUAAAAAUAUGAGAGAAGAGAAGAGAAGCAUAACGAACAUCUUAAGAAUAGAAGCCCAGAACUAAAGUGCACUUCGACAGAAAUAUUUCCAAAUGCGUUGAGAAUGUGUAGAGUUUUAAAAUGUUUGCUACCAAAUUUUGGUCAUAAAACGUAUGAUAUAAAUAUUUAAUUAGUUUUAAGCAUCGAUAUAUGCGCAGCUUGUUAUACAAAUAAUUUGUAAUGAAUAUUUAUGAAUGAAGCACAAGAGCAACCAACACAUGCAGGAGAGGAGCUGAGACUCUCCUCAGAUGUAAUAUAGCAACAAACUAUACUCGUAAUCUAAA